UUGACGUUUGUGCGGGGUUGGUUGGUGGGGGAAGGGGUGUUCCCGGUGUUCCCCAAGGAGUUUAUUGUAUUGAUUAAAUAAAUAUUCUUUGUGGUGUUCAUGGGCCUUGCCUUGGCCAAAGCGAAAGAGUAAUCCGUUAAGUGUACUAUAGGGCUUGGUCUUGGCUAUAGUAAGUUUGACCUAACUCGGUUUUUAGUUUAACAAAUUGUAUAAUAAACACACCCAAUGAUGCGAUGCUUCGUGCCUUUCUGCGGAAAUACUUCUGACAAUGUAUCUACAUCUGGGAAGGACAGAAUUACUUUCCAUGGGUUACCCAGUGAGGUCCAUCUCCGUGCUGCAUGGCUCAGAGCCCUCGGCAAACAAGACAAUCAUCUGCCCAACCCUGCCGUGGUCUGCUCGCAGCAUUUCAUAGAUGAUGACUUUUGUGAUGCAGAGAGCUGUGCACGACAACUGUGCUCUGAUGCCAUUCCUUCCACACUGCUGAUGUGCGUGGUGUGCCUGGACACUGACAGCAAGCUGCUGCUGAUGAGUGAACACAAGCUGGAGGAGGCCUAUCAACAGUUCACUGGACUGCAAUUGUUUCAGUUGUGUCGUGGAGGAAACCUGAAGCAAACACUCUGUGUGCUGUGUGCUCAGAGAUUGAAGAACUUCAGUAGAUUUAGAGACUUGAGCUUGAGAGCCCAUUCACUGAUGACAGACAUAUUUGAUCAACAUAAAGCUAUUACUAAACAACAUAAGGCAGCAAUGUACCACGCAACGAAACAACUGAAGUGCAGUUUUACACGUACAACAUUAGCAGCUGAUCACUGCGACUUGUACAUAGAUCACACUGAUGAAGAGGAACAGACAGCAGAGGAAUCUGUGGUGACAGAUGUUGCAACAGUUGCAAUCAAGGAUGACUGUUCUGACUCUAUAUCAAUUACUGAUAAUAUGGAUGACCGUUUCAACAAUGACUGUCCGUCUAAUGAAGAAUACUCAGACAUGGAAAUAAAGUCGGAAGCAAGACUGGAUGAAACUCUUAACAGAAAAGAUUUAUGUGAUGCAUCGCAAGUGCUCGAGCCUCGGGCAGCUGAGAGCUGUGACCAACUCGAGCUAGACAAGACAGGAGUUCAGAAGCUGAAUGAUGUCCCUCCUCCGUCCGGAAGUUCUGCUCAGGCUUCAGUCGCUCCACUGUCCGCGAGACUAGCGACAAACAAGAAAAAUAGAGUGCAGGCAACAGAAGUAACAGCUGAUACCCAAAAAAGCGAACAAACCCUUGAAACUGACAUUGGCGAACUGGGCAACCUAUCAUCUCAGAGCGGCAGUACUUUGUACACGGAUACAAGUAUAUUAACAAAUUGUGUAGUCCAAUUGGGUGACAUUCUCCACAAACCCAACAUAGCUGUACUAGAUGAUAUGGCACAUAUGAGCACCUUCUCUGUUAAGAAGUCUUACUCGUGUGAUAUGUGCAGUUAUAAAAGUACACGAAAGGAACAUUUUUUAAAUCAUAUUUUUACACAUACAGGUCAAAUGCCAUAUUCUUGUAAUAUGUGUUACUAUCAAUGUUCACAAAGAGUAAACUUAUUGAAGCAUAUGAGAAGCCACACUGGUGAAAAGCCUUACUCUUGUCAGAUAUGCGAACAUAAAUUUGCACAAAAAAGUCAUUUAACAAAGCACAUUAAGACCCACACUGGUGAAAAGCCUCAUGCCUGUAGUAUGUGUAAUUUUAAAUGUGCAGACAAAUCUUCUUUACUGAGACACACGAGAACUCACACUGGUGAGAAACCUUACAGUUGUGACAUAUGCAAACAUAAAUUUGCACAAAAACGUGAUUUAUUACAACACACCAGAACUCAUACUGGCGAAAAACCUUAUUGUUGUAAUGUGUGCAGUUAUAAAUGUACAGGAGCAUCUUCUUUAUCACGUCACCUAAAAACUCACACUGGUGAAAAGCCUCACACUUGCGAUAUAUGCAACCGUAAAUUUCUACGAAUAAGUCAAUUAUCAUGUCAUAUGAAAAUCCACAGUGGUGAACAGCCAUAUUCUUGUAAAAUGUGCAAUUAUAAAUGUUCAAUUAAAUCAUAUUUAUUAAGUCACAUGAGAACCCACACUGGUGAAAAGCCUUAUUCGUGUGACAUGUGCAAUUAUAAAACCGCAGUAAACAGUAAUUUAUUAGUUCAUAAGAGAAACCACACUGGUGAAAAGCCUUAUUCUUGUGACAUGUGCAGUUAUAAAGCUAUCCAAAAAGUAAACUUAUCAAAGCACAUGAAAUACCACACUGGUGAAAAUUCAAAAAAAAAUUGAAAAAUUUGUGUUCGUUAAACUCAGAAACUAAGUGCUCUCGUACUGGCAAGUCUCAUUCCAGACCAUCUUCUGGCACAUGAGAUUUAACA